AAUCUGUUACGUGAACCUUAUUAUUUUAAGUUGAAUAGGUUAUAGCUUUUAAAACCCUUUUUUCAAUUUUUAUCCAUUUUAAGGAUUUACUAUUUUUAAAUGGCAAAUACAAUAUUAUCGGUGUUUACGCGUCCUAUGGCCCGUAGUUAUUUAAAAAGUCUUAAUAACAUCCCCAUGUUUCUUGUUCACAACAGGUCUAUAGUUUGUCCAGAAUUACUAGGUAUACGAUGUUUAUUUGCAAAAGCAGCUCUUGGAAUAGAUGGAUAUAUCCAAAUGCAAGAACAAAUAAGAAAUCAAAUGGCAAGUGUUGCAGACAGAUUUAAAGAAAAAAUGUUAGAAUAUUCAGCAGAAAAUUCAAAUAAUAUGAUAUUUACAGAGGAUCUGAAAAACAUGGUUCACCUAGCUGACUCAGAUGACGACAUUAAAGUUGUAAUUAACAUGAUAAAAAAAUACAAUAAGCAAAAUAAGUCCAUGAGGUUUGGAAACUAUAUUUUUGGACCUGUAGUGAUGAGAAUGUUUCACAUACACAAAAAAGCUGAUUUAGCCUUAGAGUGUUUUAAAUCACCUGAGCUAUCAAAUUUUUUUGAUCAGUAUGGGAGCUACCAGAUAUUGUGUGAUAUUUUAUAUGAAAGUCAGAAGUACAAGGAAGUAUUGGAAACGGUGCAAAUUAUAAAAGAAAAACAAGGGGAAGGUUUAAGAUAUCCUAAAAAUGUUAUUGUAUUGGCAUUGGCUUCAUGCUAUAAGAUGAAUACAAAAGAAAGUUUAGAGUAUGCAUUAAAGCUGUGGCAUGAAUUGAGGGAAAUUGGACACUAUCCAACUAGAAAAGCAACAACAUUUUGCACUGCAUUGGCAAUUAAUCAAGGAAAACCAGAAAUUGCAUUAGAGAUUUUGAGUUCAGCAAGAAAUAGCGGGUAUACAACAGUUCGAAAUUUGAGAGUGUUGGCUCUGUCAAUGAUUGGUCGAAUUGAGGAUAUAAUUCCAAUUUUAAAAAGUGUUCUUCGAGUUGAUUCCCCAGAAGGGCAGUUACACACUUUCAAUAGAGAUGUUCUAGCAAAAGUAAAAGAGGCUGUGGAUUUAUCAGAAAAUCAUCAAGUUAUACUAGAAUUUACAAGACUUAUGGAGUUGUUUGAAAAACAAAAACUUAUUUCUGAACAGACUCUAGACAACGACCUGUGUACUGAAAUCCAGAUAUCUCGUAGUAACCAAAAUAACCAAAUGCAAUUUCUUUCACGGAGACCUCAACAAAAGUUCCAGAGACCUGUUGAAAGGCCUAGUUUAUAUGACUUAGUGUAAAAUGAACCAACUAUUUAAUAAAAUGUUAUUUCUUGAUGGAUAAUACAUCCUGUACAACUAACUUUCUUUCCACACUUUCCUACCUGGUGCAAUUUGUUGCCAAUAAGAAUUCGUUUCUGUAAAGUUAGAAGAAGUUAUCAGCAUCUAUACUGUAUCCGAAAUUGUGUCUAAUCAAAAGUUAUCUCAGUAAAUUUCAGAGAUAAACUUUGUG